CCCGCCCUUCCCCUGCUGCCGGCGGUCUUUUCUUCUAGAAGGGCAAUCUCAAAACCAGACCGAACACAAGACUGCCGCUGUCUGUCUGCGUCUUUCUAGAUUGGUAGACUUUUCCAGCAACCAACGAAUCGUUGAAUUUUUACUGCAAAGAAGAAAUUUUGAUGUUCUUCUCUCUCGUCAUUACGCCAACCUCCCGAUUUCUUGCAUUCUUCGCCCCUCCUCCCCUCUCUCUCUCUCGCUUUCUCUCUCUAAAAUGCUCUUGCCUCCCAUUGUUGACUUGCUAAUCUCUUCCCGGGCACACGCAUUCUGAAACCCCCCCAACCACGUCGAGGGAGGAAAUGCGUACCUGAACCGCCAUUAGAUAUCACCCCUCUCUCUCUCUUCUCUCUUUGUCAAAGCCUCUGCAUCAUUGAACAAGCUGUGAUUUAAGCCCAUCAAGAGAGAGAUUUUGAUCGUUUUGACCCUUCACCGUAUUCAUUUCUGGGUGCCCUGUAAAUGUUUUGUCUCGGCUACUGAUUGAUUUUGGCUUUCUGGGUUUGCAUCAGUUUUGUAAAGUUCCAAUCUUUUGUCGUGGAGAUCACAAGAUCUUCGGAUUCUGCUUUGAUCCCAAUAUUCCCUGCAUUCGAAGUCGCUUGAUUGCCCUUUUCCCCUGAUCCGAUCGGGCCCAGCUCAAGCUCAGCUCGUGCUUGCUCUGCAAUCAAUGCCAUGGACUCGAACCCACCCAACGAGACCGAGUCCUCCUACCCGAGCUGCUCCUCGUCUCGGAGAAGCAUCUCGUCUGCCCAGUCGAAGCUCUCCCGCCCCAACUCACUGCGGGAAGUGACCUUGGGCGAUUCGGGCUCCAAGAAGUUCCGGAAUGGGUCCCGGGGCGGUGCGGAUUCUCAGGGCUUCAGCGUGUCCCAGAAGGAAAUCAGCGAUGAGGACGCCAGGCUGAUUUACAUAAAUGACCCGGCGAGGACGAAUGAGAAGUUCGAGUACGCGGGGAACUCAAUUCGGACUGCGAAGUACUCUGUCUUCACCUUCUUGCCUAGGAACUUAUUUGAGCAGUUUCAUAGAGUUGCAUACAUUUACUUUCUAGUCAUUGCUAUUCUUAAUCAGCUUCCCCAGCUCGCAGUAUUUGGGCGAGGAGCCUCAAUAUUGCCAUUGGCAUUUGUCUUGCUGGUCACCGCAGUUAAGGAUGCCUAUGAGGACUAUAGGCGGCACCGGUCUGAUAGAAUAGAGAACAAUAGGUUGGCUUUGGUUCUGGUGAACGGGGAGUUUCGAGAUAAGAAGUGGAAGGAUAUAGAGGUUGGAGAGAUCAUUAAGAUUCAUGCGAACGAGACUCUCCCUUGUGACAUGGUCCUCCUCUCAACCAGUGACCCCACUGGGAUUGCCUAUGUCCAGACCAUUAAUUUAGAUGGAGAGUCCAACCUGAAGACCCGAUAUGCGAAGCAGGAGACACUUUCAAAGACUCCCGAGAAAGAGAAGGUCAAUGGUUUCAUCAAGUGUGAGAAGCCGAACAGGAACAUAUAUGGGUUUCAGGCAAACAUGGAGAUUGAUGGGAAGAGGCUGUCCCUAGGGCCUUCUAACAUCAUUCUUCGAGGGUGUGAGCUUAAAAACACUGCUUGGGCAAUCGGGGUCGCUGUUCAUGCAGGACGUGAGACUAAGGCCAUGCUUAAUAGCUCGGGGGCCCCAUCUAAAAGGAGCAGGCUUGAGACGCGAAUGAACGUGGAGAUCAUUAUACUGUCAAUUUUUCUCAUAGCUCUCUGUUCGAUUGUUUCCGUGUUUGCUGCCAUUUGGUUGAGACGGCAUAGGGACGAUUUGGACACCCUCCCUUUUUACCGAAGGAAGGACUUUUCUGAGGCAAAACCAAAAAAUUACAAAUACUAUGGUUGGGGAUGGGAGAUAUUCUUCACAUUCCUGAUGUCAGUGAUUGUGUUCCAAAUCAUGAUCCCAAUCUCGCUCUACAUAUCAAUGGAACUUGUUCGUGUGGGUCAGGCUUACUUCAUGAUCCGAGACGGGGGAAUGUAUGAUGAGGCCUCCAACUCGAGAUUCCAAUGCAGGGCACUGAACAUUAAUGAAGAUCUUGGGCAGAUCAAGUAUGUGUUCUCUGACAAAACUGGCACACUUACUGAGAACAAAAUGGAGUUCCGUUGUGCGAGUAUCUGGGGAGUGGAUUAUAGUGGAAGUAAAGGCGAUUUACAGAGUGAGCAAGUUGCACAUGAAGUUGAAGUGGAUGGGAUGAUAUUUCGGCCAAAGAUGAUUGUCAGAACUGACCCCGAGCUUCUGCAACUUGCAAAAGUUGGAAGGGAGUCACAGCGAGGAAAACAUGUUUAUGACUUCUUCCUUGCAUUAGCUUCUUGCAACACGAUUGUGCCAUUUGUUGUGGAUACUCCGGACCCUUCUGUGAAACUUAUUGACUACCAAGGUGAGUCUCCUGAUGAGCAAGCCCUUGCUUAUGCUGCAGCUGCAUAUGGAUUUAUGCUGAUCGAGAGAACAUCCGGGCAUAUAAUCAUUGAUUUUUGGGGAGAAAAGCAAAGGUUCAAUGUUUUGGGAUUGCACGAGUUUGACAGCGAUCGUAAGAGGAUGUCGGUCAUUCUAGGCUGUCCCGACAAAUCAGUGAAGGUCUUUGUUAAAGGUGCGGAUACAACCAUGUUUUCUGUCAUCGACAGAACCUUGAACAAGAGCGUGAUACAGACAACCGAAGGCCACCUCCAUUCCUACUCCUCAUUGGGACUGAGGACUCUCGUUGUGGGGAUGCGAGAGCUGAACAAUUCAGAGUUUGAGCAGUGGCACUUUGCUUUUGUGGAUGCAAGCACUGCUUUAAUGGGCCGAGCUGCUCUGCUUCGUAAAGUCGCAAACAAUAUCGAGAGCAAUCUCCGUGUAUUAGGUGCCUCUGCCAUCGAAGAUAAGCUCCAGCAAGGGGUUCCAGAUGCUAUAGAGUCCCUUAGGAUGGCAGACAUUAAGGUUUGGGUGUUGACUGGAGACAAGCAAGAAACUGCCAUUUCGAUUGGUUACUCCUCAAAGCUCCUUACCAGCAAGAUGACCCAAAUAGUCAUCAACAGCAACUCCAAGGAGUCUUGCAGGAAGAGCUUGGAUGAUGCAAUUGUCAUGGCCAAGAAGCUUACUUCUGGGUCCAUUGUCUCUCAUAAUAUGGAAGGAAGCUCCGGGGCAGUCAUAACCCCAGUGGGCUUGAUCAUUGAUGGCACAAGUCUUGUGUAUGUUCUUGACAGUGAACUCGAAGAACAGCUCUUUAAGCUUGCCAGUAUGUGUUCUGUUGUGCUAUGCUGUCGUGUGGCUCCAUUGCAAAAGGCAGGAAUUGUUGCCCUGGUAAAGAAGAGGACUUCGGACAUGACUCUUGCCAUUGGCGACGGUGCUAAUGAUGUAUCAAUGAUCCAAUGUGCUGAUGUUGGGGUUGGCAUUUCCGGGCAAGAGGGUCGGCAGGCUGUCAUGGCCUCGGACUUUGCAAUGGGACAGUUCAGAUUCUUGGUUCCCCUUCUACUGGUACAUGGUCACUGGAAUUACCAGCGAAUGGGCUACAUGAUACUCUACAACUUCUACAGAAAUGCAGUUUUUGUUCUCAUCCUGUUUUGGUACGUGCUCUUCACUUGCUUCACUCUUACGACGGCAAUCAAUGAGUGGAGCAGCAUGCUCUACUCCAUCAUUUAUACUUCUGUCCCCACGAUAGUGGUCGGGAUUCUCGACAAGGACCUCAGCAAGAGGACCCUCUUGAAGCACCCUCAGCUGUACGGAGCGGGCCACAGGCAAGAGGCGUACAACUCAAAGCUCUUUUGGCUCACGAUGGUGGACACCUUGUGGCAGAGUGUAGUAGCUUUCUUCGUCCCCCUUUUAGCAUACUGGAACAGCACGAUCGAUGCCCCGAGCAUUGGGGAUCUGUGGACCCUCGCGGCAGUCAUAUUGGUGAAUUUGCAUCUGGCAAUGGACGUGGUGAGGUGGACAUGGAUCACCCAUGCGGCCAUCUGGGGCUCGAUUGUUGCCACAUGGAUAUGUGUGGUUUGCAUCGAUGCCAUUCCUAUGAUGCCUGGUUACUGGGCCAUCUUCCAUAUUGGGGGUACACCAGUAUUUUGGUGGUGCUUGCUCAUUAUCGUAAUAGCAGCUCUCGUCCCUCAUUUUGUUGUAAAGUUUAUUUACCAAUACUACUUCCCCUGUGAUAUUCAAAUAGCAAGAGAGGCCGAGAAGUUCGGGAAUCUGAGAGGUCACGGAGCUAUAGAAAUAGAGAUGAAUCCAAUCUUGGAACCUCAUCAGAGAUGACAAGGAGAGAAAUUUUUUUUUUUUUUUUUUCGGGUCUUUUGUUUGGGUUGUAAGAUAAGGUAUAGUAAUUCUUUCAGCACCUCGAGAUGGGCAUAUCUCUCUGUUGCCGAUUUUCCGGUGUUAGCUAUCCGAAGGAUAGUCUUUGUUAAACUUUAGGGUUUGUAACUUAUAGCUUUGCAGUAUUUGUAGUUUCAUAAGUACAUUGAGUGUACAUUGAAUGUACAUUAUAUAUAUUGUUUACGUUAAAGAAUUUAAAA